ACGCGUGCCAUCCCCGACCUCCGUCGCUACCCCCACCUCCCCCUUCCCCUUCGAUUCUGUUCCAGAAAAGUCUCUCCCCUCCCCCUCAAUCCCCUUCGCCCCCUCUCCCUCUCCCCGCCUCGCCGAAACCCCGCCCUCCUGCCACCUCCGAGCCAAGAACCCCCUCCCUCCUCCCCCGAUCCCUCCUCUUCACGCGCCUCAAGCGCCGACCGGAUGCGAUUCCUUCCAUCGGCGGCAAAGAAUCCCUAGCUUGCUCCGAUUAUCGGCUCGCCCCGGACAAUCGAAUUCUGCCGGUCAUCUCUUCUCCGAUAUCCAUCGGUACCAAGUCGACCACACCCUGCCCACAGGACUACCCUAUCCAAGGCAUCGUUUCGAGGAGCCCUGCCCCCGGAGUAGCCAAGAAACAGGCUCUGCUCCUACCUUUGAGGAGUUGGUAACCUGUCGGCGGCUGUUGGCUGCCCCUGUCUUGGCGCCAGGAGGUCUUUUCAGGCAAAGCUUUGGUGGGGGGUCAUGGGUGCUUUCUGCUCGUGUUUGCAGGCCGAUUACUCGGACCACCAUGGCAACCAGGCUUCCGGUGCGUUUAGGAACUGCAUGUGUCUCAGGUGUUUUACCCAGCAGCUCAUCAAUGCUUACACUGUUUUAUUCCGAGUUGGAACGGUCCACGCAGUUUCACAAGCUAUAGAAGCCACCCCUAUUGAUUCAUCUGAAAGUUCGUUCGAUACUUAUCGUUCACCUCCAAGACCACUGCCAUAUGAUGAUCCUAGAUUCUCCCCUCCUCUGCGCGACUGGUUUGCGUCAAGGCAUGAUGCUUCAAGCCAUUCACCAGAAGAAUCAGAACCACUCAGAGCUGAUUUCGACGAGGAAAUGGAAACUAUGAGUUCAGUAGACAAGCCAAGUAAAACAAAUUAUGACACAAAAAUGAAAAGAGGCAGCUCCACUUACGGGGAUAAGCUGUCCCGAAAGGAAUCUGGAAAUUACUAUACCUACUUUUCUCCGUCUGCUGAAGAUGAAGAUGUCUGCCCAACAUGUCUUGAAGAUUAUACUUCAGAGAAUCCUAGGAUAGUAAUGCAGUGCUCACAUCAUUUCCAUCUUGGCUGUAUUUAUGAGUGGAUGGAAAGAAGUGAGGCAUGCCCAGUUUGUGGAAAGAAAAUGGAGUUCAACGAGACGACUUAGACCUCACGGUGGAGUCAGUGUCUUGGAUUAACGUCUGGUAAGAUAACCUGAAAAUACAGGUAUCUGGUCCUGCAAAUACUCUGUAAAUAGACCCUAUAAGUAUUGAAUCAGCAACAUGCUCUAUUUAGGGAUACUGGAAUCCUCGAUAUGUCGGAACGGUGCAUACAAACAUUCUUUUUUAGUUUUCUUUAAAAUGGCCGGCAGGGGAAGCUUUUUCCUCUUGGUUUAUCUGUGCCUCUGCGCUGUUGCGACAUGCUUUCAUUUUCUGGUGAUAGUGUCACUGGAAGGCUGUAAAUUGAUGGUAUUUGUGAAUAUAAAAGUCAUGAAAUUACAUCGUUCUA